GAUACCACCCACAGCAACCGUAUCCGUUAGACCUUCAGGCGUAUGCCUCCAACCUCGUGCCAGACAACCACUACGCAGCAUUUAACAAGCGGCACCUACGCACACAGUUCCCAGACCCCCGCGAUACACACGCACAACAUUUACGCACACAGUACACGCGCGCGCUAGAGGGACAGUCACAGCACACACAGCCAUACCACAUGCUCACUUCACAGCAGCCAGCACAUACGGCGAGUGCACGGUACACGCACCCACGCACCCACGCCAUCACACAG